AUGAGAAUUGCUACACUACAGAUCGCCCCGAAGCUGGGGGACGUGGAGGGAAAUAUCCGACGCGCCAAUGAGUUGCUUAAGAAAGGCAAAUCCAUCUCCAUGGGUGGACAGGAUCUCGGGAUUAGAAUUGGGGCAGAGCUACUAAGACCGGAGAUUUUGGUAUUGCCUGAGAUGGCGUUGACUGGUACCAUCGACUAUCUCUCAGAUAUUAACCGAGUUUGUCCAGGAUACAAUUUCCCAUCGUUAGAAGCAGUCAGGCCUUUCCUCGAGCCAGUUGGAAGGGGACCAAGUGCCGCCUGGGCACGCGAAACCGCCCAACGACUCCAAUGCAAAGUGUGCGUGGGGUAUCCAGAGAUCGAAACAAAUGCCUCAACAGAAGAGACAAACUUCUACAACUCCCUCGUCAUCGUCGAUGAGGCGGGCGAAGUCAUCCACAACUACCGCAAGAGCUUCCUAUACUUUACCGACGAAAGCUGGGCCUCAGAAGGCGACGUCGAGCGGAGCUUUCGCGAGCUGACUUUCCCGUCACGACAGGGGAACGAGAACGAGAACGGGAUGGCGACAGCCUCUACCAUAGCGGGGGAUGUAGCUGCGAGUGAUACUCCCCGACAUGCAGCCGAGAAGCGGGUCGCCACAUCCUUUGGGAUCUGCAUGGAUAUCAACCCCUACAAGUUCGAAGCCCCUUACACGGCGUGGGAAUUCGCCAACCGGGUCCUAGACUCGAAAUCGCAACUGGUCAUUCUGUCCAUGGCAUGGUUGACCCUCCUCAGUAAGGGAGGAACUGGAUGCGCUAGAGGGCCAGCCGGAGAUGGAUACGUUCAACUACUGGCUACAGCGGCUGCGCGCAAGGAUGAUAAGCAGGUGGUGAUCGUCUUUGCCAAUCGUGCCGGGGAAGAACCCGCAGCAGAUGAUGUGAAGCCACCGGCGCGGUAUGCGGGGACGAGCGCCGUCAUUGCCGUGACGCAGCGGCCUCGAGAAGGAGGGUUGAAUGGGUCAGGUGCUGGUGCUGUGGAGGCGAUCGACGAGGGCCGCGACUUCGACGUGAAGAUCCUUUGUUGGGACCUACUAGGCGCUAGCGAUGAGGGGAUUUGUUUCGCGGAUACUACGGCAGAUCCGAAAAUGGUGUUUGGAUUGAGGAGCAAGUCGCGGGAGGUGUGA